GGUGUCAUAACCUUGUCCAGUUACUGGGGGUAGAUAGGUACCCAUCGACCCGUAGCCUGUGACGACGUCGCAAACAUCGCCGCCCACCAAACUCACUCCCUUUCGAGCCUUCGCUGCCACCCACGUCGAUAAGCACAGAUGGCACAAAGCUGACCGCGAUUCGCUCCUUGUUUCACAUUUUAAAGCAGAGACACUGUGGUUUUCCUGCUUCAAACGCUCUUCCAUGACUUGAAGCCGACCUAAAUGGAGAAUUUAUCGAUAUCAGAUGCCCCUCCGCAAGGGCCCGGUCCGGUGCUCGGCGCAGGGCCGGGCCGCGUCCCUCCGCACACCCAAGCCCAGCUUCCCGCUCAGAUGUUUACCACGGCCGCACAGCUCCUGGACCUUACCGACAAAAAGCUCCUCAUCGCUCUCCGAGACGGGCGCAAGUUGACCGGCGUGUUGCGAAGCUGGGAUCAAUUCGCCAACCUCGUCUUACAGUCCACCGUCGAGCGUCUUUUUGUCCCCCCGAGCCCCAGCACCGGAGAGCGCGGCCUUUACGCAGACAUCUCCCGCGGCCUUUUCCUAGUUCGCGGCGAGAACGUUCUGCUUCUAGGCGAGAUCGAUCUUGACAAGGACGAUGACCCACCCGCGGGUUACGAUAAGGCCGAGCUCCAGGUGGUAGAGUCGCUCUUGAAGGCGCGCAAGGCAGAGGACAAGGCCAAGGAGAAGUCGCGAUUAAAGAAGCUUGCCAGUCUUGGGUUUGAGGGUGAGCAUUCUGGCGAGAUCAUCUUUUGAGACACGACGUAGCUUUUCACCCACCACCGGCCUCUAUCAUCAGGCGAUGACGGCAGCCCAGAUCAAGAAAGGCCAGGGUCUUUCAAGAACUACAACAGCACCAUCAGGGGUAUACUAGGAGGGCCGAAGAAUCGGCAUUUGCCGGCAAUGAGCCUUUUAGCUCAUAUCCGCUGCGUCGACCAUGAUCUUGUUGGAUCUGUCGCAGUUUCUAGAAAGGGGAAUGGCAAGACUCGGGAUUCGGUAGCAGAAUAUUGUGAAAUGCAACCGGAUCAUAUAGAAGCAGAAGAUUAGUACGGCAUCAUUGGUAGUUGAGGAUGCAGUACCACGCGGCCUUGCAUACAGCUUCUUUACAGCACAACAUUGAAUUGAUUUUGGAAAGGAAUGCCGUAAGCGUCAGCCAA